AUGGUGCACUUCUCUUCCCUCGCAGGGGGCGCUCUUUUGGCCACUGUCGCAUCCGCAUCCCUCUUCAGCCGACAGGAAACGCAGAGCCUCCAUGCUGCCUUUACCGCUGCUGGAAAGCUGUAUUUCGGCAACAUUGCCGAGCAGGCCUUGCUGGAGAAUGCCCAGAAUGAGCCCAUCCUUGCUUCUGACUUUGGCGCCCUGACCUGCGAGAACAGCAUGAAAUGGGAUGCAACUGAGGCUACGCAGGGGAGCUUUAGCUUCUCUGGAGCUGAUGCUGUUGUGAAUUACGCAGUGGAAAACGACAAGCUGGUCCGAGGACACACGCUUGUCUGGCACUCUCAGCUUCCAUCAUGGGUUUCCCAGAUCAGUGAUCCCGAUACCCUGACCACUGUCAUCCAGGACCACGUGUCCGGUGUGAUGGGGCAGUACAAGGGUCAAAUCUACGCUUGGGACGUGGUGAAUGAGAUCUUCGAUGAGGAUGGCACACUCCGCGACAGCGUCUUUUCGAACGUGCUUGGGGAGGACUUUGUCCGUAUCGCGUUUGAAGCUGCCCGUGAAGCUGAUCCCGACGCGAAGCUUUAUAUCAAUGACUACAACUUGGAUGAUGCCUCCUACGCCAAGACGCAGGGGUUCGUCAGCAAAGUCGGCGAAUGGAUCGCUGCAGGAGUUCCAAUUGAUGGAGUUGGCUCUCAAUCUCACUAUGGUGCUGGAGGCUUCCCUACCUCCGGAACCCAGGCAGCCCUCGAGGCCCUCGCGUCGACUGGCGCGUCUGAGGUCGCGAUUACCGAGCUUGAUAUUGGUGGCGGCAGCUCCGAAGAUUGGGUCAAUGUCGUCAAUGCGUGCCUGAAUGUCGAGGCCUGCAUCGGAAUUACCGUCUGGGGUGUCUCUGACAAGGAUUCGUGGCGCGCGGAAGAGAGCCCCUUGUUGUUCGAUUCGAACUACCAGGCUAAGGACGGCUAUAGCGCUAUCCUUGGUGCGCUGUAA